AUGUGCAAAAAGGUUCUGAUUGUGUUUUGCACGUGUGCUCGCAUGUCCUAUCUUGCUGAAGUGGUGCGCGAGCAGAACCGGUGUGAAGCGAAGUGCAGUGUCCGCUUUGAUGGAUUCCAUUCGCUAUCAAUUCUCCCUCUUUACAACAUUGCCCGGGGCCGGAGGAUACAGUCAGCCGGCCUGCACAAGGGAGUUGGAGUGCAAAGCGCACGUCAGACUGCCAGCCUUUCGCAAACGGCAAAUCAUGGUUUGGAUACGCAAUUAAUAGACAUGCAUCACCACGCCUGCCAACGCAGAGAUUCCAUUCCAGCAUGCCAUGUAGAGCAUGUCCAGUGGGUUCGCCUGUGA